AUGGCCAAGCUCAGAGGACUCGCUAACGACGGGAUGACGUUGGCUUACCAGUACCUGUCUGACGUGUACGACAUGACCCAUCCGCGCAAGAGUUCGGACGUUAACUCCACCUGCGAAGUCCUGGAGAGGACGGUGCGUCCGGAGGCACUAGACUAUGACCCAAGAGAUGCCAGUAUGAUGGCCGCUCUGGUGCCGAGAAAUACUCUCUUCUUCCUCAAGAAAGAUGAUGUAAUUGCCGUUAUAAGUGCCAUCGACAACUCCGGAGAGCUUGACCAACCAAGGUACACUCCCUGCUCGCGGUACCGCGACAGAAUGCAAAAAAUCUUGGCAGCCGAGCACCAGCAGGAGUACCCACCCCACGACCUGGAUACCAUCAAGGACUGGAAGAAGCUGGUCUACUUGGCCACCAAGCGGGACUGGAUCGUCGCCAAGAGGCAGCAGUGGGCAGACCGGCAAGGGCGGCUACCUGGCCUCGAGGAGCAACACUUCGAUAUCGACCCAUUGGACAGCGUGCCGUACCAUUUCAGCUACUGCCCUGACCAGGCUGGAGUCACUGGUCCCCGCAUCAAAUGAUAACUGGGAGGCUGUGGCCACUUUUGUAUGAGGACGCGCCCGACUGGACGGCACCAGGCUCGGAAGCGCUGUCCGUAGGCAGUCACAGACAGUCGACUAGGGAACCCGACGCCGAUAGCUGGCCCACUCACACUA